AUGGCUCCUUCAGUAGUAGAUGUCCCCGCAGACACAGUCUCCCAUCUGCCGCUGAAACUCUCAGCGGACGGUGACAAGACAAAUGGAGACGGUGCCGGCAUUUCGACACUCGAGCUCAAAGAUGUUGCUAAGACGGAUUUUGUCCUCCGCACCUUCAGAUGUCUUAUUGCCGACCUUUGUGAGCAAUUCAAGGGCGGCCACCCUGGGAGUGCCAUGGGAAUGGCAGCCAUUGGUGUCGCAUUGUGGAAAUAUGUGAUGCGUUACUCGCCAGAGAAUCCAAACUUUUUCAACCGAGAUAGAUUCGUUCUUUCAAAUGGCCACUGUUGCUUAUGGCAGUAUACGUUCAUGCACCUUGUCGGUUACAAGAACAUGACGCUUGACCAGCUCAAGUCCUAUCACUCAGACCGGACCGACUCCAUCUGCCCAGGACACCCCGAGAUCGAACACGAGGGCAUCGAGGUGACGACGGGACCCCUUGGCCAGGGCAUCGCGAAUGCCGUGGGCAUGGCCAUGGCCACCAAGCAGCUGGCUGCCACAUACAACAAGCCCGGCUUCCCGGUGGUAGAGAACACGACAUGGUGCAUGAUCGGCGACGCAUGCCUGCAGGAGGGCGUCGGGCUCGAGGCCAUCUCGCUGGCCGGCCACUUCAGGCUGAACAACCUCGUCGUCGUCUACGACAACAACCAGAUCACCUGCGACGGCUCCGUGGACCUGACCAACACCGAGGACGUCAACGCCAAGAUGACGGCGUGCGGCUGGAGGGUCAUUGAUGUCCUGGAUGGCAACCACGACGUCGAGGGCAUCGUCUCCGCCCUGGUCGAGGCGCGCGCCAGCACCGACAAGCCCGUCUUCAUCAACAUCCGCACCGUCAUCGGAAUCGGCAGCAAGGUGGCCGGCGACGCGAAGGCGCACGGUGCCGCCUUCGGCGCGGAGGACGUCGCCAGCAUCAAGAGGAACGCGGGCUUCGACCCCGAGAAGCACUUCCAGAUCUCACAGGAGGUGUACGACUAUUUCGCCGAGAUCAGGACCCGGGGCCGUGGCUUUGAGAAGGAGUGGGACGAGCUGGUCUCUUCGUACGGGGGCUCAUACCCAGACCUGGCCAAAGAGUUCGGGCAUCGCGUGCGCGGCGAGUUCCCGGAGGACUGGACAAAGCUCAUUCCCAAGAAGGAGGAAUUCCCAACAGCACCCACAGCCUCGAGGAAAUCCGCAGGGCUCGUCUGCAACCCCCUGGCUGCCAAGUUGAGCAGCUUCACGGUCGGGACGGCCGACCUGAGCCCUUCGGUCAACAUGAUCUGGAAGGGCAAGACAGACUUCCAGCACCCUGACCUCCGGCCCACGUGCGGCAUCACCGGCGACUACUCGGGCCGCUACAUCCACUGGGGCGUCCGCGAGCACGCCAUGGCGGCCAUCUCCAACGGCCUCGCCGCCUACAGCAAGGGCACCAUCCUGCCCGUGACAUCGUCCUUCUUCAUCUUCUACAUCUACGCGGCGCCGGGCAUCCGCAUGGGCGCCCUCCAGCGCCUGCAGGCGAUCCACAUCGGCACGCACGACAGCAUCGGCACGGGCGAGGACGGCCCCACCCACCAGCCCGUCGAGCUGGCCGCCCUGUACCGCGCCAUGCCCAACCUGCUGUACAUCCGCCCCUGCGACAGCGAGGAGGUCGCGGGCGCCUUCGUGGCCGCCCUCUCGGCCCGCGACACCCCCUCCAUCAUCUCCCUCUCCCGCCAGAACCUCGAGCAGUACCCCCAGCACUCGUCGCGCGACGGCGUCCUCCGCGGCGCCUACCCCUUCAUCGAGGACGAGGAAGCCGACGUGACCCUCAUCGGCGUCGGCGCCGAGAUGGCCUUUGCCGUGCGCGCCCGCGACGCCCUCCGCGACCGCCACGGCCUGCGCGCCCGCGUCGUCAGCUUCCCCUGCCAGCGCCUCUUCGACGCCCAGCCGCGCGAGUACAGGGCGGAUGUGCUGCGGUACCGCGGCAGCAAGGCCCCGCCCCGCGUCGUCGUCGAGGCCUACGCCGCCAACGGCUGGGAGCGCUACGCCGACGCCGGCUACUCCAUGAGCUCCUUCGGCCACUCGCUGCCCGGGGCCGCCGCGUACAAGUACUUUGGCUACGACCCGGAGCUGAUCGCGUCGCGCGUCGCCGCCUUCGCCGGGGAGUGGAAGGAGCGCGGGCCGGAGGAGUUGAGGGGGGAGUUCAGGGAUCUGAACCUUGGGGCUGCGGACCACUAG